GAAAGUCAUCAAUGAUCAACAAAAACAAACUCCGUUUAGUCCCAAUUCUUCCACUCGUUUUCCUCACGAUUCCCCAUCGUUCUAAGUAUCUCUCUGAUCAAUUUGUUCUCCAGAGAUAUCUCUCAAAUUCUUAAUCCCUCGGAUUCCAUCUUCUUCAACAAUCGUCUCUUCAAUCUCCGCAUUCGCCAUUGGCAGCCAUUGUUGAACACUUCACAGAAUGAACAGAGUUUCCAUUAUCAUAUACAUUACAGUUGCCAUUCUUCUUUUUCUUCUCAUUUCCCACUCGCCCAAGAAAACCCCAGAUCACCGCCAUCGCCGCCUCCAUCUUCGCUCCAACUUCACUUUUGACCCUUCGCACAAUCGCAGACACAACCAUCACGAGGCGGUGCCGUUCGACCCUCUCGUUGCCGACAUUGAGCGCCGUCGUGAAGACCGGCAAUGGGAGAAGCAAUAUGUGGAAGAACACCAUCCAGAGAUGGCUGCGCAUUUGAGGGAAUCGGCCCCCGGUGAAGAAUCGCAGCCCGAGUGGGAGGAUUUUGCGAAUGCCGAGGAUUAUAUCAAUGAUGAUAAUAGGUUCAAUGUGACCGAUCGGCUGACGUUGCUGUUUCCGAAGAUUGAUAUUGAUCCACAUGAUGAUUUUGUCACUGUCGAUGAGUUGACUGAGUGGAAUUUGCAGCAGGCCGAGAGGGAAACUUUGCAUAGGACUCGAAGGGAGUUGGAGACGCAUGAUAAGAAUCAUGAUGGGCUUAUUUCGUUUUCAGAGUACGAGCCCCCCAGUUGGAUUCGCAAUUCAGAUAACAAUUCCUUUGGGUAUGAUAUGGGUUGGUGGAAAAUUGAACACUUUAAUGCAUCGGAUGCGGAUGGAGAUGGUCUUUUGAAUUUGGCCGAGUUCAACGACUUUCUGCACCCAGCUGACAGCAAAAACCCAAAGCUACUUCAUUGGCUGUGUGAGGAAGAAAUAAGGGAGAGAGAUUCAGACAAGGAUGGAAAGAUUAACUUCAACGAGUUUUUCCAUGGACUCUUUGACAUGGUGAGAAAUUUUGAUGAGAAUCACAAUUCUUCACAUCAUUUAGAAGAUUCCAGGGAUGGCCCCGCCAGAAACUUGUUCAAGGUGCUAGACAAAGAUAAUGACGGAUACCUAUCUGAUGAAGAGCUGCUACCCAUAAUUGGAAAAAUCCACCCUACAGAGCAUUACUAUGCAAAACAACAAGCGGAAUAUAUCUUACAGCAGGCGGACGCAAAUAAAGAUGGACGUCUCACCUUGGCAGAAAUGAUUAAUCAUCCAUACGUAUUUUACAGCGCCAUUUUCAACGAAGAUGACGAGGAUGACUAUGAUCUCCACGAUGAGUUUCGUUAAGUUCUUUCCAUUAUGGUCGAACUUUUUCGGACAAGACCAGCCAUGAUGACCUCUUGAUAGUUUGUUGCUGUAGCAGGAGUAGUUGAUAGGCUAGUGGUAUAAGAAAAUGGAGUUUUUCGCUCCACGAAAUCAGGACAUAGAGUUUGAAGUCUUAGUCAACAACUUCGAGGCGAGCAUUGGAUUUGAAAUGGUGGUCUCAUUCAUUACUGGUUUAACCUUCACCCAUGUCUGCCCAUUGGUAUCCUCAUUUUGUAGCAUAUGAAACUCUCAUCUUGUCUGAAGAUGAUGAUGAUCCAUACCUUAGAUCAUAGACAUUUAUUUAAUUUGGUUGCUAAUUUUUGUUUAGUUCGGUGUCGUCGGGGUAUAGAAUUAUCAUUUAAUCGUUAUUUGUUACUAAUUUACUGUUCAUGGAUACGAAUUUUCAUUGA